GGCUACUGCGCAGCCGGUAACUUGCCUCCGGCAAGGAGCACUCCCCGCCCUCACCUCGGGGACUACAGCGGAGGGGUUGACCGCAGCCGUGUGGAGACAGAGGUGCAAGGAAAAGAUGUGGGUUUUUGGUUACGGGUCGCUGAUCUGGAAGGUAGACUUCCCCUAUCAGGACAAGCUGGUCGGAUACAUCACAGGCUACAGCAGGCGCUUCUGGCAAGGCAGCACAGACCACCGCGGGGUCCCCGGCAAGCCUGGAAGAGUUGUGACUCUUGUUGAAGAUUCUGGGGGUUGUGUAUGGGGUGUUGCUUACAGAUUGCCAGUAGGAAAGGAGGAGGAAGUAAAAGCAUACCUUGACUUCAGAGAGAAAGGAGGCUACAGGACCACAACAGUCAUUUUUUAUCCAAAAGAUCCCACAACAAAACCAUUUAGUGUGUUGCUUUAUAUUGGAACAUGUGAUAAUCCUAAUUAUCUUGGUCCUGCACCUCUGGAAGACAUUGCUGAACAAAUUUUUAAUGCAUCUGGUCCAAGUGGAAGAAAUACAGAGUAUCUUUUUGAACUCGCAAAUUCUAUUAGGAACCUUGUGCCGGAAGAUGCAGAUGAGCAUCUUUUCUCUUUGGAAAAAUUAGUAAAGGAACGUUUAGAAGGAAAACAGAACCUCAAUUGCUUAUAAAGACUUAAUCAUUGACUUUUCCAAAUAAGCACAACUUUUAGUCUUUAGAAAACAGUUUUUGCACAAUGGCAGUAUGAUUUGGAAACGUGCUUACUUGAAGAUCUUAUUUAUUUUUAAUGUUAUAGUCAAGAUAUCAGAAUUUAUAGUUUAAUUGCAAGUAUCCUAAAACAUUCAAAAUAUUAAGGUAUAGUUAAAGAAAAAAUUCAAGUUUUAAUAUUAUGAUUUCCUAAUUAUAUGAUAUUGAACAUUUACUCAUGAGAAGUGAAUUCUUUAGAAAAAUACAAUGAAGGAUGCAGUUCAAGCUUGUUUUUAACACAGUAAAAAUAAUUCUGUUGUUUCAGAUCACAGUACUAUUUUGAAGUUGUAGAGAAUGAAAAUAAAAGUCCAGUAAAUAAGGUUUUACCUUCAGUACAUUCCUAUACAGUAAUUCUGUAACCAUGGUUUAAAAUAUACAAGCUUCAAAUAAUAAUUAGAAAUACACAGUAAUUUAGAUAAGAUUUCAUCCUUGAUUAUGAAUUUCCUGUUGAUAAUAAAUGAAACCCUUUCCAAUUUAAGCACCCAAAAUAGCAUUUUUAAUAUAAAAAUGUCCUUGGAAUUAUAAUGUUCUAUACCUCUCUUCUGAAUAAAUGCAUUUUACUCAUGGAAGAAACUCAUUCAGCUAAAAAAGCAAAAAUGACAUAAUACAAAUCACAUCCACUGAAUGUAGCCUGUUAUUUACUUUGUUAACCUUAUACUAAAAUUUUUUUUAAAAAAUGGGCUUUCUAAUACAAAUUAACAAACAUAUAUAAUGAAAGUUUAGUGUUUGAAAUGGCUUUUAGAAUUGUAAUUUUUAAAAGUGGCAUUACCUGAUUAUUUUGUACACAGCUUUUUUUUCUGCUUCUAUCUCGUCACCUAAACAAAGGUAUCCGUUGAAUAAUAGUGUUGACAAUGCUCAAGUAGGAAAUAUACAUGUACGUUAUUAAUUCAUGUAGAAUUAGCCUUGAUUCAAACUAAUCAGAUUAUUUGAUUAUAGGUGAUUCCUUUCUCAACAGGAUAGUCUCUCUAAAAAUCUUUCAACAUGAAAAGAAUUUCAGUAUAUUAAAUCUAAUAUGAAACUUAAUAAAAAUUCCUCAAACCAAAGCACAGCUAAUAACAGAAUAAAAUAAAGCUGUCCUACAUAGUAGGAACAGUACUCCUUUUCAUGUUUUUCUAUUUAUUGACACCUUAUUUGGUAAUUUACUCAGCUAUACAGCUCUUUGAACAUCUUCCAACAUUUUCAAUAUUAGUUUUCCAGAAAGCAUUUCACUUAUCCUGUACAACAGGAAAGGUAUAAACAUUCAUUAAUGAGUAUCUCAUAAGAAUGUGCCAGGCACUUGACAUAUGGAAGCAUUUCCUGGAUAACGCCUCUGAGCCUGUUUCCAUAGUAACUUGUACACAGUUACACAUCUAAUAAGUAGCAUAAAGCCAGGUUUCUCUGACUCUUAAGCACAAGAUAUUAAGCACAAUAUAUUUAAAAAUCCACCUGAACUUAACUAUCUUCACUACCCUACAUCUUCGGGAGGUAAGCAAGAUUAAUAUUUUGUAUAAUGAAAUAGUACAUAGUAUAUAACUUGUUACAUAAAGAUGUUAGAGUUAAUUUUGAUAGAUGUAUAUAGAUUCCCACAAAUAAGCUUAUCCAAGAUUUACAUGCUAUAAUUCACAAUCAUCACACAUGUGAAUCCACAGAUCUGUGCUUUUAUUUUACAAACCUAGGUCCAAAGGAGUUUGUCACUCUACUAUUUAACAUAUAACUGUGUUAACAAAAUAUCAAGGGGGAGGGAUUACUUUGUGAUCUCCACUUUAUAUGUCUUUCUAGCUUUCAGUCGGAAGUCAGACAAACUAUAUGAAUAUAUACGUGGGAUACCAUCAACAUUUAUAGGGAGGCCUCAUUCCAAAGAGCCCAGGGACAGGGAUAUUCAUUUUCACUGAGAUGGGGAGAAACAUGCCUAUAAUGGAAAAAUUAAACAGUGCUGAAUUAGAAGCUAUGGUUUGGAGCCUCCAAAUCAGCAAAAAUCAUAACAAAGGUACUAUCUAGAGCAUAACUUAUUUUUGUUAGCAAAACCGUAAGUCUCUCUUUUUCAGCCCUUGGAACUCACUUUAAAAACAUUUUCUCUGUCCUAAUCACAUAAAACUCAGAUUCUCAUUCCUCAGAGUACAAAUAGGUGUUAAGUUUGAAGAAUUCAAGAAAAGUAUGAGUGUAAACCCUACACUGAGGAAAGAAACUUGUAAUACAAAUUUCUGAUGGAGUAGAUUUUUAAAAAUAAGUCUUUCUACUCCUACUCCAGGCCACUAUUAUAUUCCCUUUUCCCACUUCCAAACAACACAUUCACUCUUCAAUCUAUCAAGAACUAUAAACAAACACCAUUUUAUUGAUACCACCUCCGUACACAAAAAGUUGAUCAUUUAGGGAAACAAAGGUGGUUGUGAUGUUAAUUCAGAAUAUUUGAAAGCAUGAAUAUGACCCAUUCCUUUAAGACUGAUUUGAAAAGUUGACCACUGUCUAUAGAUAUGCAUGUCACCUUAAAUAGGAAAAAUAUAUAUCUUUUCAUUUUCUACUAAUGAAGUGUCUGAAAUAUGUAUUAUUUUACAUUUUGAAAGUGUCAUUUGAUUUUAAUAUAUGUAAAGCAUUACACAGUAGCUGAUAUAAUACCCAAUAAAUGUUCUCUAAUAGUAUUUUAUAUUGUA